GGUAUGUAGAACGAAGUCAACGAGUGAUGCGGGAGUAGAAAUUGGCAUUGCGAUUGCGUAAAAUACUUCUUCAUGUCAGCAUUCCUGACUCGCAUUGAGUUUGUUCUUCACAUCUGAUUCAACAGCUUUUUGGAUCUUUGUUCCAUCAAACCUAGCUUUUCAGCUGCCGCCGACGACUGGUUUCGAAAGCCUCUUCUAUCCCGAUGUCUCCCCACGCCCUACCUAUAUCUCCUGAGAUAGCACAGAUCGAUACAUUUCCUCUUUGGAAAUACGCCAUCACCCCGAAUGGUUUCCUUCCUGCGGAAGCACCCCUCAAAGUCCUUUCCGAUCCCUAUUUUGCACCCUGGGAAAGGGUCAUUCAACACCUUCCCGAAACUCUCAAAGCUGGAAAGUUGCGGAGAGAAGUGGAGUCUCUCCCCGUAUUGUCGAUAGAUAAGCUACGAAACGAAGCGGAGUGUAGACGGGCGUACGUUAUCUUGGUUUUUCUGGCUCAUGCCUACAUUUGGGGCGGUAAAAAUGCCGCAGAGGUUUUGCCGCCGGCUGUAUCAGUACCUCUCCUACGCGUCUCUAAGGCCCUUGACGUUCCUCCCGUUGCGACUUACGCUGGGCUAAACUUGUGGAACUUCUGGUCAAACACUGAAGACUUCACCGAUCUGGACUCGCUAGAGUCUCUACACACUUUCACCGGCACAAAAGAUGAAGCUUGGUUUUACUUGGUUUCAGUGGCCAUGGAGGCACAGGGUGCCCGUAUCAUCACUGAUGCACUUAACGCACUAGAGUCUAUGAAGAGAAGGGAUUAUCCAGCUAUCACAACAGCACUUGAUGGAUUCUCUGCCAAUAUUCGACGAAUCGGUGCGCUCUUGGAGCGCAUGUACGAGCAUUGUGAUCCCAUGGUCUUCUUCUAUGAAAUCCGCCCAUUCUUGGCGGGCAGCAAAAACAUGGCGGCGGCUGGUCUGCCCAACGGUAUAUUCUACGACGAGGGAGAUGGCCGUGGUAACUGGCAGCAACUUCGAGGAGGUAGUAAUGGCCAGAGCUCCCUCAUCCAAUUCCUUGACAUUGUGUUGGGCGUAGAGCACACAUCAGAAGGAAACAGCACCCCGCACACGAGCAAAAGCACACCCAAUCAAACAAAAGUGUCGGGAUUCCACGAGGAGGUCCGCAAUUACAUGCCUGGGCCACACAAGCGGUUUCUCGAACACGUUUCCCGCAUGGGCAGCAUCCGCGAGUUCGCCAAGUUGCCAGUUUCCACAGCGGAACAUGAAAGCCUCCGAAAGGCGUAUCAACUUGCGAUUAAGACCAUGACGGAGUUCAGAAAUAAGCACUUACAGAUCGUUGCCCGCUACAUCGUUCUUCCUUCAAAAAGGGCAUACAGUGGCGCCAAAGUUGAUUUGGCAAGCACAUCUGCUCUCCAAGAUGAGCAGCUCACUGGCACCGGGGGAACAGCAUUGUUGCCAUUCCUUAAACAAACCAGGGACGAGACCCUAAAGACUGGUCAGUUAGAGAAGGAGGUACGAACGUGAUCAAUUGCUCCUGUUUCAUGAUACAUGAUAUCCAUAGAGUUAUUACCGAUGCCGUUGGCAAGGCUUUUGCACGAAUUUCAACUGAUCCAAGAGCAACAACAAAUUGUCACCCGCAUGUAACGUUGCCUUGAUGUGCAUUCAUGCAUAUAAAGAUAGUUCGACUAAUGAGGAAAGUCGCAUCCGCU